AUGGGCGGAGGUGGAAAGAUUCCGUACCCCAAGGAAGUGUGGUCUCCCGCCGGAGGCUGGUACGCCCGGCCCGCCAACUGGAAAGCCAACACAGCCAUCAUCGGUGCUGCGAUGGUCGGAAUUAUCGCUGCAGUAUGGAGUCUUAGCGCUGAGCGCGAAUACCGGGAUAAGAUGCCAGAGCCGGACAGGUUCUUCCCUAGCCGAUACUGGAGCAAACAAAUUAUCGAACACGAGAGACAACAAGCUACCAAGAACGAAUCAUAA